AGGACCGGGAGUCAGUAGUGGGCCAGUGCUCGGAUGGGAGAGAUGGGAGGUCGGCUUGUCGCUUCCUACAGGAGGCUCCGGGAUAGGACAUCGUUCCUCCGGAGACUCAAAAGAUGGAUGUGGGGAAGGAAGACUCCUCAGACGCCAAGUCACCGCCACCAAGACUCAGAACUAACGGAAUUGCUGCCGAGCCCGAGCAGGAAGAGGAAACGAAGACAGGAGCGUAGGAUGGUAGAAGGCGACUCGGUUACCAAGAAACAAAUAGAAGGAGAUGUAAAGAGUGCAAACGGAAGAGCAGCAAAAGACGUAGAAGUUGGAGUGGUGCGAGAGAAUAUCACAACUCUUCAGCAAGAGAAAGCCGACCUCGAGUUCUACACGACAGGGAGAGCUGACUUUGAGAGAGCAAUAGAACAAACUGGUUAUGGCAAGUUUCACUACUUCCUGUUGACUGUAUGCGGCUUCGUGAGCACGAGCGAGGAGAUGGAUGUCAUCUCUAUGUCCUUCAUCCUUCCCUCGUCACAGUGCGACCUGGAUCUCAAUACACACACGAAAGGAUGGCUGAACAGUAUCAUAUUUGUCGGGAUGAUGGCUGGCGCCUAUGUGUGGGGCUCUGUAGCAGACUCUCUGGGUAGACGGAAAGUGCUCAUUGUGAUAUCCUUCAUGAAUGCCGUGUGUAUCGUCGCUUCCAGUUUCAGCCAGUCUUACGUCCUGUUCAUGAUCUUCAGGUUCCUCAAUGGGGCUGCGUUAGGAGGAAGUGGGCCCGUGAUCUGGUCAUAUUUCGCCGAGUUCCAGCCAAAACUGAAGCGGGGUUCCAUGCUCAGCUCCAUGGCGGCCUUCUGGACCCUCGGCAAUCUUUUUGUCGCAUGUCUAGCAUGGCUCGUCAUCCCCAGUAACAUCGGGUACACAUCGCCUGGGUUCGUCUACAACUCGUGGAGGGUGUUCCUUGUGAUCUGCUCCCUCCCGUCAUUUAUCGUCGCCAUCCUCCUCUACUUCCUUCCGGAGAGUCCGAAGUUCUUGUUGGCUCACGGGCAGGAGGCGGAGGCGAUGGCUGUCUUCCGGAGAAUCUACGCCAUCAACACCAACAAGAAUCCUGAAGACUAUCCAGUGAAACAGCUGAUCCAGAUGGACGAGAUCUACAGUGACCGCAGUAACGAGCCCAGUAAACACCCGAGUGCCCUGAAGGUGAUGAUACGAGAAAUCGGAGAGAACACCAAAGCUCUCUUCGUAGCUCCUAUACUACGGUUCACCCUCAUCUCCAUCAGUAUAAACCUCACUUUCCACAUUGGGUACUACGGGCUGCUUAUGUGGUUUCCCGAACUGUUCAACCGCUUCGACGAAUUCACCAGAGAGAAGGGCAGUAUCUCCGCGAGUGUGUGUCAGGUGACGGACUUCGUGGUGAACAAGGGUUCCGAGAGCGGGGGUCCCUGCAACGACAAGAUUCCCAGCUUUGUCUUCCUGGAGUCUCUUAUAACUGUGUCUGCGGCCAUCCCAGGGAACGUCAUAGCCGUCGUCUUCAUGGACAAGCUGGGCCGUAAAUUCUUCUUAGUAUUCAGCACCAUGUUCUCCGGAAUCUGCUCGACCGCCAUGUUCUUCGUCAGAAGCAAGGAGCAGAACCUCCUCGUGUCUGCGAUCUUCAGCGGAGUUAUCAGCUGCGGUAAUGCCGCACUCGAUUGCCUCAUCACGGAGAUCUUCCCUACCAACCUGAGAGCGACCGGAGUGGCAGUAUCAAUGGUGGCAGCCAGAUUAGGUGGCGUAGUUGGAAACGUCGUGAUAGCAUCGUUACUGGACAUGUAUUGUCCCGCGCCGACGUUCAUCGUGGCGGCUUUACUCAUUGGAGGAGGACUCCUGUGUUUACUAUUACCCAACACGACCCGUGAGCCAUUGUCUUGACCGAGGCUACGCUGGCUCCUGGGGCCACUUGACAUCGCAUCAUAUCUACCAUCCCCUGUAUUUAUACGUUUAGCGUUGUGAGAGCAGGAGGGACUUGUAACUAAUAUUAUAUAAAAUAUAGUUUUUACUCUAAAUAGUUUUAAGCAGUACAAGUGGUAUAUUUUAAACAGCAUUUCUCGAGACUCUUACAGAGUACACGGUGUUUUUUGUAUUUAUAAAAUCAAAUUCAAAUGUUGAUUCAAACAACUGUAACUGUAGUGAAUAUAUUCCGUGUAUUCUAACUUAUCAUUUGGUACAACACCCAACAAUGUAAGCGAUGGCCAACGCCCUUCUGUAAUAUCGCGGACUAGCAGGUGCAUGUCGUAAGGUUCUUUCAGGGUUACAAACCAUUUUUCUCUUACAACAAAAGUUAACAUACCGCUUUGAACCUUGCUUUAAUUACAAUAAGUGUGUAAAAAAUGUGAUUCGGACAACUUUAAGUUUGUAAAAAAUUAACAUAAAUCGUAUUACUUGAAACUAUUACUUUUUUUUCAGGACCGUCGCUUAUGCGACCGAAAAUAUUGUUAAGUAUUCGUUAUCAUGGGAAAACCAUCUUUAAUAUCCGUAUUUUUAUUAAUUGCUAAUACGUUUUAAGAAUAAAAAGCGAGGUUUUCAGUAAAAUUGCAGUUGUACCCCAUGGUGUGAGACAGGAAACGUGUAGCAGGCGACAGGACACAAGGAACCCGCUGUGUUGUCAAACUGUGCGAACUCCGAGUGAGAAGUUAGAACGUACCGAAUGUAAGUAAGGGCUUAAAACUUCUACUUUGAGAACCACACAAGUAAUCGGCACGAAUCAACAUUCCCUUUUGCUCUUACGAUCAGACUUGUACAUUUAUUUGCAUUCGCCACAUACCACGAGAUAUUUUGUACCAUAAUAGUUUUUAUUACACUAAGAAUAGUUUUAAUAUUGUGAUUUUAUUUAUAGUUUUUCGUAACCGACUAGGAUCUAGCGUAUUGUUAAAUGUGUUAUAGACUUAUUGUUACAGUAUUUUGUUACAUAUGUGUUUCUUACUGAGGUCGUUUGAUAAGAAAAUGGAAAACUAUAAACUGUAUUUUCAAAACUGAACAGGCCCUAGUACUGAAAUAAGAAGGUAACUUAAUCCAUCAUUGAAAUAAUUUGUAGUAAAUUUCUUUUUAUUUGUACCUAUAGAGUUUAAUAUAUUGAAAAAGUAAAUAAACUUACAACCAAAAUGUUAUGUUACAAAGGCGAUCAUAGAAUAGAAAUUAAUUUUAAGUGGAACAUAUAUUUUAUACUUAAAUGGAACAACAGAUUUUCAAUAUUAUGGAAAUAACAACGUUUAUAGGAAUAUACUUAUCAGUCUAUCUAGGUGCUUAAUCGACCAUUAGAUGUUGCUACAACGAUAAAGUAAUGGGGUUUGAAAAUAUCGUGAAAUGAAUGAAUUGAAAUUGACUUAAAGUUGAAGGACUUACAUUCUUUCAUAAAUUAAGGGUCAGUCACAAUACUUGUCCUUUAUUUCUUUGCAUUAUCAUUGACAAAAUAUACCGAACGCUUUGUGUUACAACACAGUCAUGUAUUUUGGCAUUAAACGUAGUUUAAACUCCAGAAAACAUCAAACAAGAUAUGACUAAAACUAUAUUUCUACUUUGAGCUGAACAGUUUAAUUGUAACUUAUUCUUAAACCAAUAACUAACGUAUUCUUAAAUUACAAAACACAGAUAAUUUACAGGAAUUUCGUAUUUAUUUUCUAAGUAUUUUAUUAUUACUGACAUUGUUGCAAACCAAAAGUGCACUAACAUCAAUAUUUUUAAUUAUUAUGAGAAACCUAAGUUCCUAAUUAGGUCUGAGUUAAAAUAAAUUAAAGUUUAUUAAUAUUUAUUAUUCUUUCAAAACCAGUAGAUGUAAUGUUUAGUUAUAGUGUCAGUAUAAUAUUUAUAUGCUAACUUACUGUUAUAUGUUUACCUUAUUUUCUGAAUAUCCGGUUUUAGAACACUUCAUUUCCAAAUGACAAGACCACAGGUAUGUUUCCUAUUCAACUCCCCUCCUCCCCAAAUAUGAACAGUUCGAUUGAGUUUUUAGUAUUUUUCGUAUAUUUUGCAAGGAUGCAAAAUGACCAUUUAGUUUGUCACCUUAUUCUUGCUUAUUUAAAAUUUGCAAAAGUUUAAGUACGGAAAAGAUAUUUUGCAAAAUCCUUUGUGGUUUUCAAGAGGGCUGGCGUCCUUAUUUGUGUGAUAAAGUCUUUUUAUUUGUAAGAUUUAACUACUGAAAGACUAUUAAUUAUUUUCUUCAAACCAAAUAAACCGUUGUUGAUUACGAACAAUUACACUAACGAGGGAGUUUAAUUAAAGAAUAGAUAUACAGAGUAAAAACAAGUUGAUGUUCAAUAGUUCAAAUGUUUACUUAAAAUUCAUGAAUACGUUAUUUUUAAAAAGCUGCGCAAGAAAAAUAAAUGAAAGAGAACAUAUACAUGAAAGUCGAGUAAAAUUUUUUAGAGAUGAUUAUACUUAAAAAUUAUUUAUAAAUAAUAAAUAGAUUGAUAUAUUUGUUGUAAAAUUACACCCCGCAUGAAAAGCAGGCAUUACAGAUGCAUACGGAAAACACAACCGUUACAGGGCCUUCCUUACAAAAUAAGAGUAUAUUUUAGUAACUCUGGGGUGUGUUUUAGUAAAAUAUAAAGUUUAAAUAUAAGUCUUCUAUAAUUAAACAUAAUCAAAUUACUUGCAUUUCUCUCUCUAUUUACACAAUCACACAUACAUAGUUACCACACUAAAUUAUAAUUUACUAUUUAUUCAUUUGAUUACGGUAAACAAAAAUUUACCCUCAAAGGCAUAGCCUGUUUGGAGAUAUAUUGAAUUCAAAACUUAUAACAAUUGAAUAUACAUUCAUACGUAAUUUUAUUCCCAAACGAAUCCAAUCCUUGAAAUAUAAUGGUUUAGAUAAAAUAAAUAUAUAAAGCAUAUGUGUUUAGACGAAUCUUCAUAACUUACACAUACGUCGUUUAUAAGAAACCCGAUUCUCCAGUUUAAACUGAAUUUACUAGGCACAUAUUGUUGUAUUUAGCUAUAUUUAAUCAUUAUUUACAUUAUCACGUAAUUAAGGAAAGCAUAGCAAAUAUAAUAUAAUUAUAUAUAAAUAAAUUAAAUAUAUUAUAGUUAACAAUACUUACUUAAGAAAUAAGAUUUCAUAUAAAUCACAAUAAUAUCAAUAUCAUACAAGGACCUUAUUUAGUAUGCCUACAAUAUCAUCUUUAAAAAAAGUCAAUAUUUAAGUUAUUUAAUAGACAAAUGAAAUUUUUUAUGUCAUUUCAAGUGCUAAAACAUGAAACUUUUUUAGUGCUGAAUAAUAAGAUGUUUUGGUAAAACAUGUAUUUGAUUGCCUUGGCACAACUGCGUUUUCGGUAUUCCGUAAUUUUAUUUUGCAGACUUACAAUUCUUUUUCCUUAUAAAAUACUAUAGCAUCCAAUAGAAACGUUCAAAUAAUUAAAUUGCCCUUGUUGCAUAAAAAAUCCUUAAACACAUUUGGCUUGAGUACAUUUUAGUUUCACGAAAGCUGUUACAUACGAGUUCUUCAAUUAAAAAAUUUGUUAAAAAUAUCUGUUUUUAUAUUGAUUGCCUUUAAUCUGAAAAUAGUUCUUGAUUUGAAUGUUUACGAUGCCGCUCUGCCCCACAAUGGUAGUUCAUAGGCCUGACCGUCAGAUCGCGCUGUGUCAAGUUUCCAUUGUAACUAGUCUUUGUAAUUAUUUCUUCGAAAUAUAGUCUUUAUUAAUGCAUUAGAUAUACUAGAAAAAACAACAUGUAUUUAUGGAGUUUUAAAAACUUGAGUGAUAAGUUGCCUUAUUUGGCACUUAGUUUUACUUGAAACUAACUUUAUAAUCAAGUAUUUAUGAUAAAUAGUUGAAAAGAUAUUACUAUACAAUUUAUUAGACAGAUAAAUAGUAGAGAAGAUAUGCUUUAAUGGCCGGUAAGAAAGAAAUUUAAUUUCGUUUCGGUUUUGAACAAUUUUUACUAGUUUCUGGUGAAAUCCGAUAAUAAAGCUAUUUUUGUUAAUCGUAAUGAAAUACUGUAGAAAUCGUAACUCUAGUAAAGUACUGCCGAGAGGUGGUGUAACCCCUUAUCUAUCACAAGUAUACAAAUUUCCUUAUAACGCGUGCAGCUUAGAAACAUCGAGUAGUUAAUGUCUUUCAAAAGUUAAACAAUUCUUAAAUUAUUUUUUAAUUACAAUCUUAAACCUUAAUUAUUGCAAAAAUUAACAAGAGCUUUUAGUUUCCAACUAAUGCCUAUUUUCUUUCCAACAACUUACCACAAAGAUAUCUCUCAAUACUGUUAGCAUGGGGAGGUUCUUUCUUUGAGUAUAUAUGCCAGUUAAUUGUUAAAUUUCAAAGUUAAGUUAAUUUACCCAAAACCCUAAAGUAAACAUCCUUUCUCAAAUUUUACCAUGAAUAACAAAGUUCAUUGUAAAGUUUUACAAUGUAAUAAAAGUGAUAUGUGUAGUAAAUAACUAAUUUGUAAUGUAGACAAAUGUAUCAAUACAGCGAUGUUCCAUAUACUAUCACAAGAACAUAUGAACAAAGAUUUUGUGGUUAUUUCAAAACAAUUUUUUUAGGCGUUACCUUGUCUUAAUGAAUUGGUUACAUACUUACAGUUGAUUUUCAAACAGAGUUAUUAUAAAUAUAAGUAAAUCUUACUGCAAUAAUCUGUGGUCUGUUAUUUGGAUAGCGAUAUAUUGUACGGCUGUUGAAUUAGUUGUAAUGGAUUGGAUGUAAGUAACGUAAAUUAUGCAUUUUACUGUCACUAUGUUUCAAUUCCUGUAAAUUAAAACACGUAUUGUAUAUUUUUAUGUUAUAUAACUUAGUUUUAAUUAUUUGUAAAAAUAUUUAAAUAAAAUUUAUUGUUAA